AUGGCUGCAGUCAUUUCAGACAAUGAUAACAUUCUGGAUGGGGCGAACGGCGAAGAGGAUCCAUCAGAGCUAGAAGUCGCUGCAGAAAGCAAUUGCAGAAACGAGAUGUCAUCCUCCAUCGCAACUCUGAGGGCGAACCCUAAGUACAGCGACUUCCUGAUCCUCUGCGGUGAUCAUAUCUUUCCAGCCCAUAAGGCGAUAAUCUGCUCGCAGUCCGACUUUUUCGCCAAAGUGUUCGACUCGCAUUUCUCCGUCGGUUACCGAGUUGCUUCCUCGUCUAUAACAAGCAAGCUUCUGACAACAAUAUCGCAGGAAGCCUGCACGGGGCGAAUCAGGCUCCCUGACCAUCCGCUGGUCGUCCUUCUGCUGCUCGAUUACCUCUAUUCAAGCGAUUACACAUUCUAUCUGGAUUAUGAGUUCCCUACAUCGUUCUUAGCUGAAGGACAGAGUCCACCAGGCGAUCUUGUCGAUCGUCUCCACUGCUGCGAACUCUCUGUUCAUGCACAGGUGUUCCUCGUCGCGGAUCGCCUUCUUAUUAGAGGAUUGAAGUAUCUGGCCAAGGAGAAGUUUGCAGAGAUUCUCAGAAAGGCAUCGUUUCCGACGGUAUAUCCCCGUGCUGUCAGGGAAGUCUAUACAAUGACUUCGAUACACCAUCGGCUUCUGCGUGAUGUAGUUGUCGAUUUUACGUUGGAUACCUUACAUAGCCAUGGCGAAAGGGGCCACUUUGAUCCCAACUUCCCGAGGCAUAUUCUCGAGGAGCUUCCGGAGUUCGCGCAGGACUUGACGACUAAGCUUGUUGAUGAAUGGGUGGAGGAUGAGAAGAGUAUCGCUUCGGACUUAAUGCAAAUCGCGGAAAACUUUCGGCUUUGUUGA